UGGGCUGAGCAUCCUGAGGCGAUGGCGUUGCUGGGCUUGUGGGAGGUGGGCGACUCUCUACUGAAGGUCGCCACCGGCGGCCCGUUGUCCUUGCUGCUGGCCGCCUCGGCCUUGGCCCUGGGGCUGGGUUACUUCCUGCAGCUCGGCUCCCGCCACGGGCAGCCCUCCAGCACCGGCCAGAAGUAUCCACCAUAUAUUUCAUCGAAUAUCCCCUUUUUAGGGCAUGCAAUUGCAUUUGGGAAAAAUCCUAUCGAAUUUUUGGAAAAUGCCUACGAAAAGUAUGGACCUGUAUUUAGCUUUACUAUGGUGGGGAAGACAUUUACGUAUCUCCUGGGUAGUGAUGCUGCUGCUCUUCUGUUCAAUAGUAAAAAUGAAGAUCUGAAUGCAGAAGAUGUGUAUUCACGGCUAACCACACCUGUCUUUGGCAAAGGAGUAGCUUACGAUAUACCCAACCCAGUAUUUUUGGAGCAGAAGAAGAUGCUAAAAUCUGGGCUGAAUAUCAGCCAGUUAAAAAACCAUGUACCAAUAAUUGAAAAAGAAACUAUGGAAUACUUUAAAACUUGGGGAGACAGUGGAGAAAGAAACUUGUUUGAAGCAUUUUCAGAACUAAUCAUUUUGACAGCAAGUCACUGUUUACAUGGGAAGGAGAUAAGAAGCAUUCUCAAUGAGAAGGUAGCACAACUCUAUGCUGAUCUGGAUGGGGGAUUUACUCACGCUGCCUGGCUUUUGCCAGGUUGGCUGCCUUUGCCCAGCUUCAGGCGCAGAGAUAGAGCCCACAAUAAAGUGAAGGCUAUUUUCUAUGAAGUAAUUCAGAAACGCCGACAGUCUUUGGAGAAAGAGGAUGACAUGCUUCAAAUGCUACUGGAUGUUACCUACAAAGAUGGCCGUCAACUUACUGAUGAUGAAAUUGCGGGGAUGCUUAUAGGGCUGCUGUUAGCAGGUCAGCAUACAUCUUCAACUACUAGCACUUGGCUUGGCUUCUUCUUAGCUAGAGACAAAUCACUUCAGGAACGGUGUUAUGCGGAACAAAAAGCAGUGCGUGGAGAAGAUUUGCCUCCAGUAAACUAUGACCAGCUCAAAGAUAUGACUUUGCUGGACAAUUGCUUGAAAGAGACAUUAAGACUUAGACCUCCUAUAAUGACUAUGAUAAGGAUGGCUAGAACUCCCCAAACUGUUGCUGGCUAUACAAUUCCAUCUGGCCAUCAAGUGUGUGUAUCUCCUACUGUCAAUCAUAGACUUAAGGAUUGUUGGAUAGAGAACCUAAGCUUCAAACCAGACCGUUACCUCCAAAAUAACUUUGCAGCUGGAAAGAAGUUUGCAUAUGUGCCAUUUGGUGCUGGUCGUCAUCGUUGCAUUGGAGAAAACUUUGCUUAUGUUCAAAUUAAGGCAAUUUGGUCAACUCUUCUGCGUUUGUAUGAAUUUGAUUUGGUGAAUGGAUAUUUUCCUCCCAUAAACUAUACAACGAUGAUCCACACCCCUAAUAAUCCAGUCAUUCGAUACAAAAGGAGAUAAUAAAGUGAGACGUAAUGUCUUCCAACUGUAUUGAAGAGCAACAUUUGUGUAUGAAAAGAUUGUUAAAGAAGAGGCUAUUCACUAUUACAAAGAAAUGUGGAAAUGCUGUGCCAUUCCUUAAAAUACUUAAGAGGGUUGUUCUUUGCUUUUAUAGCCUUUCUUACCCAGACCUUUAAUUGUGUAACUUCAAUAUGCACUCUAAUUAUUUGUGCCUUUUUUAAAGUCCAAACAUUUACAAAACUAAUCUUGAUCCGGUUCAGAGGUAUAACCUACUGCAAUUUUGGUACAAGUGGUUUCAUGAUCUCCUAGUUUCCUUUAAAAUAUUAGGCUGAAAAGAAAAGCCCAGUAUCACUGCUUAUUUAAUACAGUGCUAGCUUCAGCUUAGUCUAAUCUUGUAAAAACUGGCACAAUGAUUAAGAAAAAGAUUAAUGAGUAUGUGCUACUUCUUAAAAUGGGACAUUUUAAAGUGCCUAUGUUUGGAAUCACUGAUGAAACCAAAUCUUUAGUUAACCUCACAUUCUCUAAUGGAAUUUGAGAUAAUGUGAUUAGCUCCUACGAUACAGAGGCAUUUUGAAGUUCUACAUAGAAUAUUUUCUACAGCACAUGUCAGCUCUAAGCCAGGAGGAAUAAAGGACAUAACAAUGAAACAUGCAAGACUUU